AUGGCCGACAUGUUCAAGCUGUCGGCGUCUCUGAGAGGGCACGAAGACGACGUAAGUGAGUGNGUCCGCGCCGUCGUAUCUCCUUCGGCUCGCUGUAUCUUCUCGGCCUCGCGUGACGGCACCGUCCGACAGUGGCUCCUCACGUCGCCCAACCCGCCCACAUACGAUGACACGAUUGCCGUUCAAGCUACCUCGUUUGUCAACUCGCUGACCUUCGCCGCUCCCUCUUCCGCACACUCCGAGGGCCUCUUGGUUUCCGCUGGCAAGGACACUAUCAUCGAUGUCCGUCCUCCCUUCCAAAGUCCGGACUCAGACGCUGAACGCCUGCUUAUCGGUCACGCCAACAACGUCUGCUCUCUCGACGCCUCUGCUGAUGGAGACACACUGGUCAGUGGUGGAUGGGACACACAAGCAAGAGUUUGGAGCAUCUCGAAGGGCGAAUGUACCGCUGAGCUGAAGGGACACGAAGCUGCUGUCUGGGCUGUCAUGAUCUACGACGACAGUACCAUCAUCACAGGCUGCGCCGACAAGACUAUCCGCAUAUUCUCUCAUAGAGGCAAGCUUCUACAGACAAUUCCUGGUCUGCCUGAUGUUGUCCGUGCCCUUUGCAAGCUGCCUGAAGGCCAUCCUUCCGGCGCCGCCUUCGCCUCUGCAGGCAACGACCAAAUUAUUAGACUAUGGACCCUUGAUGGUGUUGAAGUUGCGCAACUUCAUGGUCACACGUCUUUCAUCUACGCCCUUGCCGUCCUCUCCAACGGUGACAUGGUUAGUUCUGGCGAAGACAGAACUGUGAGAGUAUGGAAGGGCACCGAAUGCAUUCAAACCAUCACGCAUCCUGCAAUCUCGGUUUGGGCUGUGUCUGUGUGUCCUGAGACCAACGACAUUGUCACAGGUGCUAGUGAUAAGAUCAUUCGAAUCUUCAGCAGAGACCCGAGCCGCCAUGCAGAUGCUAAGUCUUUGCGCGCAUUUGACGAGAGCGUCAGUUCGUCUUCGAUACCUCAGCAGACAGCUAGCGAGGGCCAACAGAUCAACAAAGAACAACUUCCUGGUCCAGGUGCGUUUGCAACAGUUUUUGAUUUCGAAACAAUUACUAACCGCCUCGAAGAGUUCUUGCAGCAAAAAUCGGGCACCAAAGAAGGCCAAGUCCAGAUGAUCAGGGAAGAAGAUGGCAGUGUGACAGCUCAUACCUGGUCAUCUGCGGCCCAGCAAUGGAUUAACGUAAUUAUCUCUGACCGAACUUGCAAUAAAACCAUGCUGACAGAUCUGCAAAGNGUUGGAACUGUGGUUGACGCUGCUGCAAGUAGCGGUCGCAAGGUGACGCAUGAAGGAAAAGACUAUGACUUUGUCUUUGACGUUGACAUUACGGAUGGCGCACCUCCUUUGAAGCUACCAUACAACAUUGGUCAGAACCCAUACGACGUGGCAAGCAAGUUCAUUGCCAACAAUGAGCUACCCAUGACCUAUCUUGAUCAAGUCGCCAGUUUCAUCACCACCAACACUCAAGGCGCAACACUUGGCGCGUCGUCUCAACAGCAGACUCAAACACCUGGAGCCGAUCCGUGGGGCAGCGAAAACCGCUAUCGUCCAGGCGAGGCCGGUGCUCCCGAGCCAUCAGGAGAUACGCGUCCACGAUCUUUACCCCAGACUCAAUAUCUUUCGAUCACUACAGCCAACUUGUCUGCAAUUCGCAAGAAGGUUGGCGAGCUCAAUGAUACCAUGUCAGCCGACCUCGCACUAUCACCAGAUGAGUUGCAAGCCUUGGACAAUCUGGUCAAACAACUUCAGACCAGUCCCAAGGAUCCCAAGCCUCAAGCAGAUCAACUUAGUGCAGUAUCCAAAGUCGCUACUCAAUGGCCAUCUGCCAAUCGUUUGCCCGGCAUCGAUCUUCUUAGACUGUCCGCUGUAGCAUCAGGUUUCGCAAUGCACACAAGUGGAGGAGAGGGCACUAUCGUGGACACUCUCGCCAAGAGUGGUGUCUUUGACGCAAACACUGACAAGCCCAACAAUACCAUGCUGGCUAUCCGUGUUCUUGCCAACCUCUUUAUGACUGAAGAAGGCAGACUGGUUGCUGACGGCUGCUUUGAGGACAUUAUCUCAUCCACUCAGCCUUUCUCGAGUACUUCCAACAAGAACCUGGCUACGGCAAUCGCGACUUUGUACAUCAACUAUGCUGUAUUGCUGACAUCUAAUGCCCCUUCAUCCGAGUCGAAGACCAGAGAGCAGCGUGCAGCAGCCGUCAUCAAUGGAGCAUUGAACAUUAUCAAGCCCGAUGGUGACAGCGAGGCUGCAUACAGAGCACUUGUUGCGGUCGGCACACUAAUGUCGCUGGGCAAUGAGUUCAGAAAGGAGGUUGCCCAAGCAAAGGAUAUGGGUGGUCUAUUGCAGAGCAUUGAGAAGAGUGCUUUGGGCAAGGAAACCAGAAUCAAGGCUGUCACCAAUGAGAUGAAGGAUCAGUUGAGGUGA